AUGACAAAAGACUGGGAUGCGGUCCAAGAUGAGAUCAAAGAGCUGUCAUUCAACCAAAAGAAACCGUUGGGAGAGGUGAAAGAUUUGAUGGAGGCGAAGUACAAGUUCAGAGCAUCAACGAGAGCGUACCGCAUGAAGCUCAAAGAAUGGGGCCUCAUGCGACACAAAGGCCACAGGGCGCGUCCAGACCGGCCACGAGCCCGUAGUCAUGGUCUCGAGCUAGAUGACGAAGAACAAAGAUCUUCAUCAGCGACAGCUGAGCCCAUGUCGAUUGAGCCCGAGUCACUAGAGCAUCGAAAAAAGACUGGUGGGUGGCAAGUCGUACCCAGAGACGAGCUUACAGCUGCUGAGCCCACCUUUAUGGGGCUGCUCAGCCAGGCAACAAACCUUCAACCAUCGAUCGAGAUACCGACGUGGAUGCAAUAUUCUCCAAUGGUUUCAGAAUCACUCCUGAAUAUGCUGGGCUGUGUGCUCGACAACGAGUGCGAGAAGCUCGAGAUGCUGCUCAUGGAACACACAAACGAAGUGAACGACCCUAUUGGCCUGCCGUUCGAACCGACCGGCAGUCGCUUCUCCAGUCACCCCGCCUUGAGUCAGAUGGUCAUCAUGCAGCACCCUCGUCAGACGCUGCUCGAUAUUGCAUGCGGAAUGCCAAAUGGACCUGUUGUCUGGGUCCUUCUUUCGUACGGCGCUAAAGGCUCGACGCAUCCACUGGGUACAGACUUAGCACUCCAUAACGCCAUCAAAAAUGGGCGACACUAUACCGUUCAAGCACUACUCAUACCGGGUCGCUCAGAUGUGAAUGGGGUCCCUGGCAUGCGCUGGAAGCCAUUAUUGCAAGCCGUGUUCUGGACCGCUCCCGAAAUCGUCAAGAUACUAUUGAAGCGAGGUGCGAGAGUUGAUGAUCCGGGCCCAUCUCCGACAAGCUCGGGGCUACACACUGCGCUUCAGUUGUGCUUGGAACGCAGAUCCCGUGAAUAUGGCGACGCGACAGUCCGGUCAACGUGCAAUGAGGUCAUAGAGCUGUUGCUCGAUGCUGGAGCGAGCAUUCACGUUCCGCCGCCAGAAGGAUCUUCUGCAUCUCCCUUUCAGAUGUUCAUAGAGCCCUGGCAAAACCAUGAGCAUUGGAGCUUGAAGCUGAGCUGGGCAGAGAUGGAAUGCCUUGGGAAGUUUGUCGAGAAGGGCGCAGACCUUACUACAAGCUUCUCUGGCUGCCCUUGUGCGUCGGACACAAGCGAUAAAUUUGUUCAUCAGGUCCUCUGGCACUCCCCACCCUGUGUUUCCCGCCAGAUUGUCAAAAACUUCUCCGCGAUCGCCCCUGAUAGUGGCGCAAGCAUACUCCAUGAGGUAGUCGGGGCUUGUCCAGAGGCGAGGAGACAUGUGGCAGAAACUUUGCAAGAUAUAGGGGUACUGUUGGGAAGAGGCGUCGAUCCUAACGUACUCGACGGCUUUGGCAUGACACCAUUGAGAAAAUGCAUAGAGCAAGGCAUCACCACCGAUGUUGCAGCGCUGGCGCGAAAGCUGCUCGACGGGGGUGCAGACCCUGAAUACGAAGAUGUUGACGGCAUCCCGCUAUACGCUGUGGCGGCCCUCACUCUUGCGGAGCCUUUGUGCUUGGAGAUACUCCAGGCAAUGCUCGCGAAGAUGCAUGGGCGUCAUACCAAAUCUAGAGGAGGCUUGACUUACAGAUGGAAGGAAGGGCUUUUUCCGAUCCCCCAAAAUCCGUCAUGUCGGCAAGUACAGUGUUGCACUGAACCGAACGGCGACUUCAGGCUCUCCGUACAAGACAUGGUUCCCGUUGAUGUUCAGCCGGCGUUCCAGCGCGCGUAUCUCGCCGUGAUGAGUUGCCGCCUAUUGGAGAAUAUUACGAAAGAAGCGAUGUCGAAUAAGAUCAGCGAGGACAACCGGUGGACUCUAGUGUCAGUCUUAGCACUCAGGAAGUCAGCUGGGCUGAAAGACUACAGGUUCGAUCAGAAGCUUGUGGUGACGUUGCUCGGUUUCCCCAACAUUCGGGCGGCGGACCUGAGCUUUGAUAGCUCGACCCCAAGCACAGACAGUACGACUCCCUGUCCGUCACUGUCCGCAGGCUCUGUUGUGAAGAACAACGCUCCAGCCUAUCCCCCAUUCCAGCUGAAUACGGACAGCCCAUGCACUGUGCGCCGCCUGCCCCUGUCGUCUCGGCCAUCUCGCGACUCAAGCAUCAGCGAUAACGCUUUUGUGGGCGACAUCACACAGAUCCGCUGGCUUGAUCCGGAGGCGAAGCGAGCACCUGGAGAUAAUGCGAAGACCAUCGCCCAUGUGCUCCAGCACAAGUGCGCAGUAUGUGACGACGAUCGUCUGUUAACGAAGACAGAGUUGCAGAAGCACGACGUUGAACAUGCGCAUGCUGCAGAAUGUGACGGCAUAAGGUGCACACGGCGAUUCUGCAAAGACACGAGGAGGAGAAUGGAGAAAGAGAUUGGAUGCCAGGACCAUCUGUUUGCGGGCGACCUUUGA